CAUGACAUUGAACAUUAUUUCUUGACCGGUGCUCCGUUCAUGGACGUGGAGUUCUUUCCCAAAAGUGCCCAUCUCGAAAGAAAUAUGUGGACAGACAAUGAUCGUAAUAUGAGUCAUUUCUUUUUACAAACAUUUUCGAAUUUUGCACGAUAUGGUCACCCUACUCCUCAACAAGUUUUGGGUUUACAUUACGAACGUGCCUAUCAGGGUGAAAUUCGUUACUUGAAUAUCAACACAACUUAUAACUCGUCGAUAUUACUAAAUUAUCGCCAAACUGAAAGUGCCUUUUGGACACAAUACUUGCCAACAGUAAUUGGAGUCUUUGUUCCGACAUAUCCACCCACCACUGAAUUCUGGUGGGAACCAAAGGAACCGCUACAAAUAGCAUUUUGGAGUAUGUCUGUAGCGUGUUUCUUUUUGAUCGUUUUAGUUUUUAUCUGUUGCAUUAUGUGGAGAAAUGCCAAGAGACAAUCUGAUCGUUAUUAUGAUGAAGAUGUAUUCAUUAAUCACGAUGGCACCGAAUACGAUCAUGAAUCUCGAACUACCGGUGUUGAUAAUACCAAUUUAGCUGCAAAUCAUCAGGUGAUGCGAUCACGUGACAACCUCUACGAAUAUCGAGAUUCUCCAUCAUCGAAAACGUUAGCCAGUAAAGUCCUAACGGAUACCACAUCAAUACGAUCUCCCAGUUCAUUGGCCACAACACAAAAAACAAGUGGCAGUCAAUCUUCAUUGAAAUCUGCAAUAUCGCUUAAGGAAAGCAAUGGCGGUGGUACUCUAUCGCCAUACUCGCGACCUCCACGUAGUGAAGCUAGUGUUGCACCAGCAGCACGUGUAAUAACGAAUGGUGUUGCGGUUGCUUCUUUGAAUCAACCUAAAUCAGUGGAGGAGAAACGUUUAUUACAACGUGAACCCAUACCAUUGUCAUCUACACCCGUUCCCGUGGAACCAACUUAUAAGCCGGCAUCAAAAACAUUACCCAGCAGUCGAAGUACAACACCUGUACCAAGUGCCCGUUCGACAACGACAACUACAGCCACAUUGUCUUCCGGCAUAAAUGUUCAACCAUUGGUUGGUAUUUCGAAAUCACAAUCCCGUACUCAAGUUAUAGAAGGUGUGCCGCAAACAUCUGUAUAAGAAACCGCUCUCUAAAUAUUACAAUAUCAGAUAAAGUAUCAUCUAUAGAUAUUUUUUCCGCUACUGUUACAUUUAGAGAGGGAGA